CCGGCCCGCCCCAAUAUGGCGGCUGCGGGCGGCGGCCGGGCGGAGCGGCGCGGGGCGGCCGCGCCUGCGCCCGUGGCCGUGGCCGUGCCAGCCCAGCGCCAGCGGUGCAUGCCGGGCGCCCUGCCCGCCGUGACGCUGCACAUCGCACCCGGCCGCCACCGGGGCUGCACCGCCACCGGGGCCGCCGCCAUGGCGGGCGUGAAGGUGAUCGCCAACGACACCGAGUUCCAGCCCGAGCUGAGCGCCGCCGGCUCCCGCCUGGCCGUGGUGAAGUUCACCAUGAGGGGAUGUGGCCCUUGCUUAAGGAUAGCUCCAGCCUUCAAUGCCCUGAGUAACAAAUACCCCCAGGCAACGUUUUUGGAAGUGGAUGUGCAUCAAUGCCAGGGCACAGCUGCCACCAACAACAUCUCAGCAACCCCCACGUUCCUGUUCUUCCGGAACAAAGUGCGGAUCGACCAAUAUCAGGGAGCAGAUGCCGUGGGCUUGGAGGACAAAAUCAAACAGCACCUGGAGAACGACCCUGGGAACAGCGAGGACACAGACAUCCCCAAAGGAUACAUGGAUCUGCUGCCCUUCAUCAACAAGGCCGGGUGUGAGUGUCUCAACGAGAGCGACGAGCACGGCUUCGAGAACUGCCUGCGCAAGGACCCCUCCUACCUGGAGUCCGACUGCGACGAGCAGCUGCUUAUCACUGUAGCUUUUAGUCAGCCUGUCAAGCUUUACUCUAUGAAACUUCAGGGGCCAGACAACGGGCAAGGGCCCAAAUACAUCAAGAUCUUCAUCAACCUGCCGCGGUCGAUGGAUUUCGAGGAGGCAGAGCGCAGCGAGCCCACCCAGGCCCUGGAGCUGGGCCCCGAGGACAUCAGGGAGGAUGGCAUCAUCCAGCUCCGCUACGUCAAAUUCCAGAACGUCAACAGCGUCACUUUGUUUGUCCAGUCCAAUCAUGGUGAUGAAGAAACAACACGAAUCACAUAUUUCACAUUUAUUGGCACUCCAGUGCAAGCCACGAACAUGAACGACUUCAAACGAGUAGUUGGCAAAAAAGGAGAGAGCCACUAGGAAGCAAAGCCACUGGAAGGCCUUAUCCCAGUCCAAGAUUCCCCCUUUUCUCUCUGACUCCUGGAUAAUUGCUUGACCAUAACCAGAGACUGUCAGUUUGAUUUACUGCCAUUUCCAAUAAAUCAUUGCUUUGAGCUGGA